AUGGGUGGUGUAAUGGGUCUCGGAGCAUUGGUCGGUAAAGUGUCUGUGGAUACCCUCUGCAUCUUUCAGGUCAGAGUCGUGCGUGGUCUUCUUUUUGUUCUUAAGAGGUUACCAGUGCAUGCAAACAAAGAGCAGGAGGAGACAAAUCAUGUCCUAACACAAGUUCUUAGGGUAGUAAACAAUGCCGAUGAAGCAAACAGUGAACCUCGACGGCAAAGUUUUCAUGGAGUUGUUGAGUUCCUUGCACAGGAGUUGUUUAACCCAAACGCUUCAAUGGUUGUGAGAAAGAACGUGCAGGCUUGCUUAUCACUGCUUGCAAGCAGAACUGGCAGUGAGGUCUCUGAAUUGCUUGAGCCUCUCUAUUUGCCAUUGCUUCAGCCUCUGAUUUCACGACCUCUUCGUUCGAAGAAUAUUGAGCAACAGGUGGGCACUGUUACUGCUUUGAACUUUUGUCUUGCACUCAGACCACCUCUUCUAAAGCUAUCUCCUGAGCUUGUCAAUUUUUUGCAAGAAGCACUGCAAAUUGCUGAGGCUGAUGAAACUGUGUGGGUCACCAGGAUGAUGAAUGCAAAAGUAAUUCUCACAUGGAACAAACUCAGAACUGCAUGUAUUGAACUACUUUGUACUGCAAUGGCAUGGGGAGAUCUAAAAGCUCAAAAUCAUACUGAAUUGCGAGCAAAGAUUAUUUCUAUGUUUUUCAAAUCUCUAACAUGCAGAACGACAGAGAUUGUCAAUGUUGCUAAGGAGGGACUUCGUCAGGUUGUUCAGCAGCAAAGGAUGCCAAAGGAUCUUCUACAGAGCAGCUUAAGGCCCAUUCUAGUAAACUUAGCAAACACAAAGAGCCUUACCAUGCCAUUGCUACAGGGGUUGGCUCGUCUCCUUGAAUUGCUAUCAAACUGGUUUAAUGUCACUUUAGGUGCCAAGCUAUUGGAUCACUUGAAAAAAUGGCUGGAGCCAGAAAAGCUUGCCCAGACUCAAAAAUCUUGGAAGGCUGGAGAUGAACCAAAAAUAGCAGCAGCUAUGAUCGAGCUGUUUCACCUUCUUCCCCCGGCAGCAAGCAAAUUCUUGGAUGACCUUGUUACCUUGGUAAUUGAUCUGGAAAGGGCACUUCCUGAAGAUCAGUUUUACAGUGAGAUCAACAGCCCAUAUCGUGCUCCGCUUGCUAAAUUUUUGAAUCGUUAUGCUGUGGAUGCUGUUGACUAUUUUCUUGCUCGAUUAAGCCAUCCAAAGUAUUUCAGGAGGUUUAUGUACAUAGUCUGCUCGGAUACUGGGGACCUAAGGGACGAACUUGCAAGGUCACCUCAGAAAAUACUUGCAAGUGCCUUUUCACAGUUUUACUCUCAAACUGAAGCAUCUGCUGCUCAAUUAUCUUCUGUAAAGGAUGAAGCCCUUACUGGGGCUAUAUCUGAGAGUUUUACAGUACAAUCUUCAUCCAACAUGGUUACUACUUCUGAGAGUUACUUUAAUGGAUUAGAGCUUGUCUCAGCCCUUGUGAAAUUGAUGCCAGAGUGGCUCCGUAACAACCGGGUUGUCUUCGACACCUUGCUACUUGCUUGGAAAUCACCUACAAGACUUGCGAGGUUGCAGAACGAGCAGGAUUUGAGUUUACCCCAGGUGAUGGAAAGCAAGAGGCUUAUCAAAUGCUUCCUGAACUACUUAAGACACGAUCGCACUGAAGUUGGUGCACUCUUUGAUAUGCUAUCAAUAUUCUUGUACCGGAGUCGUAUAGAUUAUAGCUUUCUUAAGGAAUUUUAUGUCAUAGAGGUUGCUGAAGGAUACUCCCCAAAUUUGAAGAAAACUGUUCUUAACCACUUUCUGAACAUUUUCCAGUCAAAACAAUAUGGGCAAGAUCAUUUAGUUGUUACCAUGCAGAUUCUUAUACUUCCAAUGCUAGCUCAUUCUUUUCAAAAUGGACAAAGUUGGGAAGUUGUUGAUCCUACUAUAAUUAAAACUAUUGUCGAGAAGCUUCUUGAUCCUCCAGAAGAGGUCAGCGCUGAAUAUGAUGAACCAUUGAGGAUAGAACUUCUUCAGCUAGCUACACUACUUUUGAAGUAUCUACAGACUGAUCUUGUUCACCAUCGAAAGGAACUCAUAAAGUUUGGUUGGAAUCAUCUCAAGCGUGAAGAUAACUCCAGCAAACAGUGGGCCUUUGUGAAUGUUUGCCAUUUCUUAGAGGCCUAUCAAGCUCCUGAAAAGAUUAUUUUACAGGUCUUCAUUGCUCUGCUACGGACAUGCCAACCAGAAAACAAGCUGCUGGUGAAGCAAGCUCUCGAUAUCCUCAUGCCUGCCCUACCUAGGAGACUUCCUCCUGAAAAAAACGAUAGCCGCAUGCCAAUAUGGAUCAGAUACACCAAGAAAGUCCUUGUGGAGGAAGGGCAUUCAAUUCCAAACAUGAUUCACAUAUUCCAGCUUGUUGUUCGCCAUGCGGACCUCUUCUAUAGUUGCAGAGCCCACUUUGUUCCUCAGAUGGUCAACUCUCUUAGCCGCCUUGGAUUACCAUACAACACAACAGCGGAAAAUAGAAGGCUUGCAAUUGAACUUGCUGGGUUGGUAGUGGCAUGGGAAAGACAGAGGCAAAGUGAGAUGAAAGUGGCGCAGGAAAAUGAGAGUCAGAAUCAAUUAGGUGACAUGCUUAAUCCUUCUGUUAUUGGUGGUGAUCCAAAACGGUCCUCUGAUGUUCCGUCGUUUGCUGAUGAUUUGAGUAAGAGGGUGAAAGUUGAGCCUGGCUUGCAACCUCUUUGUGUAAUGUCUCCGGGUGGGGCAUCUAUACCUAAUAUUGAGACACCUGGAUCUUCAGGGCAACCUGAUGAGGAGUAUAAACCUAAUGCAGCAAUGGAGGAGAUGAUCAUUACCUUCCUUAUCAGGGUAUCUCUUGUGAUUGAGCCUAAGGAUAAGGAGUCUAGCUCAAUGUACAAGCAAGCUCUUAAUCUACUGACUCAAGCUCUGGAAGUCUGGCCAAAUGCCAAUGUUAAAUUCAAUUAUCUGGAGAAAUUACUUGGGAAUCUGUCACCCACUCCUCAGUCCAAGGACCCUGCGACAGCCCUCGCACAAGGCCUUGAUGUUAUGAACAAAGUCUUGGAGAAACAACCCCGUCUCUUCAUCCGAAAUAACAUCAAUCAUAUUUCUCAAAUACUGGAUCCUUGCUUCGGCAACAAAAUGCUGGAUGCUGGAAAGUCACUUUGUUCCUUGCUCAAGAUGGUGUUCAGUGUUUUUCCUCUUGAAGCAGCAACAACGCCACAAGAUAUAAAGUUGUUGCAUCAAAGGGUUCAAGAACUCAUUCACAAGAAUCUUGCUGCUGUUACAACCCAACAGAUAGCACUUGAGCCCAACAGUGCUAACUCAAUCAUUAGCUUCUCACUGUUCGUCCUCAAUGCACUUGCAGAAGUACAGAAGAAUUUCAUUGACCCGUUCAUUGGCUUGCUUUUCCGUGUACUGCAACGUCAUGCACGUGACAUGGGAUCUUCUGCUGGCGGCCAUAUCCGACAAGGACAGAGGCCUGAACUGGAUUCAUCGGUUAACUCACGGCCUACCAUAGAUUCUACUGUCAUAUCUAACAUGAAGACUGUCUUAAAACUUAUAAGUGAGAGGGUGAUGUCCUCUUCUGACCACAGAAAAUCUAUGGGCCAAAUACUUCAAGCUCUUCUUUCAGAGAAAGGCACUGAUUCCAGCAUUCUUCUGUGCAUACUAGACAUGAUAAAAACUUGGAUUGAGGAGGAUUAUAGGCUUGCUUCAUCAACUGGUUCUGUUGGUUCACUUAACUCAAAGGAAAUACUAACUUAUCUUCAGAAGUUAUCAUUAGUUGACAGAAAAAGCUUCCCUCCAGCUGCACAAGAAGAAUGGGAUGCAAAAUACUUGCAGCUUCUUUAUUCACUUUGUGCAGAUUCAACCAAGUAUCCAUUGGCUUUUCGGCAAGAUUUUUUCCAUAAGAUUGAGAGACAGUAUAUGCUUGGACUUAGAGCUAAAGAUCCAGAAAUGAGGAAGCGAUUCUUCAAGCUUUACCAUGAUACAGUGGGAAAAACAUUAUUUUCUAGAUUGCAAUUUAUAAUACAGGUACAGGACUGGGAAGCAGUGAGUGAUGUUUUCUGGUUGAAGCAAGGCCUUGAUCUCAUUUUGGCAAUAUUAGUAGAAAAUGAACCAAUUACACUCGCAGCAAAUUCUGCUCGAGUACCAGCGCUUAUGAUAGCAGGGCCUGUUCCAGAUCGCAUCACCAUGCCACAGCAGGUUCCUGAUGCUCAGGAAAGCAUGGAUGGUACAGCACUAUCGUUUGACUCUCUUGCCGCAAGGCAUGCUCAGUUCUUAAAUGAUGCGAACAAGCUUGUGGUGGCAGAUAUCAUGGCUCCAUUGAAGGAACUUGCAUUUGCUGAUCCCAAUGUCGCAUAUCAUUUGUGGGUGCUUGUUUUCCCAAUUGUUUGGGUCACCUUACAUAAAGAGGAACAAGUUGCCCUAGCUAAGCCAAUAAUUGCACUUCUAUCGAAAGAUUACCACAAGAGGCAGCAGGGUUGCAGACCUAACGUUGCCCAGGCACUUCUUGAAGGUCUUCAUUUGAGCCAUCCUCAACCACGCAUGCCUAGUGAGCUUAUCAAAUAUAUUGGAAAAACUUGCAAUGUGUGGUAUACUGCAAUUGCCUUACUCGAGAGUCAUAUGGUGCUUAUGAAUGAGGCUAAGUGCUCCGAGUCAUUGGCUGAGUUAUACAGACUUCUUAAUGAAGAUGACAUGAGGUGUGGAUUAUGGAAGAGAAAAUCAAUCACUGCAGAAACAAGAGCUGGUCUUUCACUUGUCCAGCAUGGUUACUGGCAACAGGCACAAAAUCUAUUUUACCAGGCUAUGAUUAAAGCUACUCAGGGAACAUACAAUAACACCGUCCCAAAGGCUGAAAUGUGUCUUUGGGAAGAACAGUGGUUAUCCUGUGCGUCUCAGUUAGGCCAGUGGGAAGUCUUAAAAGAGUAUGGAAAAGGGGUGGAGAAUCAUGAAAUUCUUUUAGACUGCCUCUGGAAGGUUCCUGACUGGGCAUAUCUGAAGGAUAAUGUAAUUUCCAAAGCUCAGGUAGAAGAGACACCAAAGUUACGCCUUAUUCAAGCAUUUUUCACUCUCCAUGACAAAGGUACUAAUGGUGUUAGCGAAGCAGAGAACCUCAUCAGCAAAGGUGUUGAACUCGCACUAGAACAGUGGUGGCAGUUGCCUGAAAUGUCUGUACAGUCGCGAAUGCCUCUGCUGCAGCAGUUUCAGCAGUUGGUUGAAGUAAAAGAAUCAUCCAAAAUACUGCUUGACAUCGCAAAUGGUAACAAACCAGCUUCAGCAAGCUCUGGUGCCAAUUCCAACCCAAAUAACUCAUUUGCUGAUCUCAAGGAUAUUCUUGAAACUUGGAGACUUCGUACACCCAAUGAAUGGGAUAAUAUGACUGUUUGGUAUGAUCUGCUCCAAUGGAGGAAUGAGAUGUACAAUUCAGUAAUAGAGGCAUUCAAGGACUUUAUUCAAACAAAUCCUCAGCUUCAUCAUCUUGGCUACCGAGACCAGGCUUGGAAUGUGAAUAAGCUCGCGCACAUAGCUCGCAAGCAAAGUCUUCCUGAAGUUUGUGUAACUAUACUUGACAAGAUGUAUGGUCAUGCUACUAUGGAAGUUCAGGAAGCAUUUGUGAAGAUAUGUGAACAAGCUAAGGCUUACUUAGAAAUGAAAGGUGAACUAGUCAGUGGUCUUAACUUAAUCAAUAAUACCAAUUUGGAAUUUUUCCCUGUGAAGAACAAAGCAGAAAUAUUUCGUCUCAGAGGUGAUUUCCUGCUAAAAAUGAACGAAUGCGAUCCUGCAAAUCAGUCUUAUUCGAAUGCUAUAACUCUUUUUAAGCAUUUGCCCAAAGGAUGGAUUAGCUGGGGAAAUUACUGUGAUAUGGUUUUUAAAGAAACAAAAGAUGAGGUUUGGCUUGAGUAUGCAGUCAGUUGUUUUUUCCAGGGCAUCAAAUAUGGAGUUUCAAACUCAAGGAGCCAUCUAGCUCGAAUUCUCUACCUUCUUAGCUUUGAUGGACAAAAUGAACCCGUUGGAAGGGCUUUGGAUAAAUAUCUUGAGCAGCUGCCUCAUUGGGUUUGGCUUUCAUGGAUACCUCAGUUGUUGUUGUCAUUACAGAGAAGUGAAGCCCAGCACUGUAAAUUGGUUUUGCUGAAGAUAGCUCAAGUUUACCCACAGGCAUUGUAUUAUUGGCUUCGUACAUACUUGAUGGAACGCCGUGAUGUUGCUACUAAAACUGAAAUGGGAAGAAACAUGUUGGCUCAGCAGCGCAUGCAGCAAGCUAUGAUGGCAAACAAUGCGGCCAAUAACUUACCUGACGGGAGUGCAAGGGCAUCUAAUCAUGCAGGUGGUAACAUGACUUCUGACAACCAGUCUCAUCAAGCUUCCCAAUCAGUUGGUGCCGCAGGUUCUCAUGAUGGUGGUAAUGUCCAAGGACAUGAUCUGGACAGAUCUACUGCUGAAGGUGGCACAAAUACUAGCCAUGAUCAAGGUCAACAGAGUUCUACAGGUGCUGAGGGCUCACAAGUUCUGCUAAGGCGUAAUAGCGGACAUGGGUGGGUAACUUCUGCAGCAAGUGCAUUUGAUGCUGCAAAAGACAUAAUGGAAGCUCUUAGAAGCAAACAUACUAAUCUAGCCAAUGAGCUUGAGCUUUUACUGUCAGAAAUUGGAUCACGAUUCGUUACUCUGCCUGAGGAAAGGCUUCUUGCUGUGGUUAAUGCUCUGCUUCAUCGAUGCUACAAGUAUCCAACUGCAACCACUGGCGAGGUUCCACAAUCUCUCAAGAAGGAACUCUCUGGUGUAUGCAGAGCUUGCUUCUCACAAGAUGCUGUUAACAAGCAUGUUGAUUUUGUGAAGGAGUACAAGCAAGAUUUUGAACGUGAUCUUGACCCAGAGAGUGCUACUACUUUUCCUGCAACCCUUGCUGAACUUACAGAGAGAUUGAAACACUGGAAGAACAUUCUUCAGAGUAAUGUAGAGGAUCGGUUCCCAGCAGUAUUAAAGCUGGAGGAAGAAAGCAAAACACUUCGGGAUUUUCAUGUUGUUGAUAUUGAACUCCCAGGGCAGUACUUCACAGAUCAGGAAAUCGCGCCUGACCACACUGUUAAGUUGGACAGAGUCGGACCUGACAUUCCAAUUGUCCGGAGGCAUGGCAGUAGCUUUCGACGGUUGACACUCAUUGGUUCUGAUGGUUCACAGCGCCAUUUUAUUGUUCAAACAUCACUGACUCCGAAUGCUCGGAGUGAUGAAAGGAUGCUGCAGCUAUUCCGUGUGCUAAAUAAAAUGUUUGACAAGCACAAAGAAUCUAGGCGGCGGCAUCUCACUAUCCAUACUCCUAUAAUUAUUCCUGUUUGGUCCCAGGUGCGGAUGGUUGAGGAUGAUUUAAUGUAUAGCACUUUUCUUGAGGUGUAUGAAAUUAACUGUGCACGGCAUAAUAGAGAAGCUGACUCGCCUAUUACAAUUUUCAAAGAGCAGCUUAAUCAAGCUGUUUCAGGGCAGCUCUCUCCUGAAGCAGUUGUGGAGCUACGUCUGCAAGCAUACAAUGAGAUUACAAAAAAUAUCGUUAAUGAUAAUAUCUUCUCCCAAUAUAUGCACAAGAUUCUGCCAACUGGCAACUACCUCUGGACCUUCAAGAAACAAUUUGCAAUCCAAGUGGCUCUCUCCUGCUUCAUGUCGUAUAUGUUGCAGAUUGGUGGCAGGGCUCCUAAUAAAAUUCUGUUUGCUAAAAAUACUGGGAAGAUCUUCCAGACUGACUUCCAUCCAGCUUAUGAUCCAAAUGGAAUGAUCGAGUUCAACGAGCUUGUUCCAUUUAGGCUGACACGCAACCUGCAAGCUUUCUUCUCGAAUUUUGGUGUUGAAGGUCUCAUUAUGUCUGCCAUGUGUUCUGCUGCCCAGUCAGUGGUUUCUCCUAAACAAAGCCAGCACAUUUGGCAUCAUUUGGCUAUGUUUUUCCGUGAUGAACUGUUAUCUUGGUCAUGGAGACGGCCUCUAGGCAUUCCAUCAGUCCCUGUCGCUGCUGGAAUGAUCAACCCAUCAGAUUUCCAACAGAAGGUGGUAAACAAUGUGGAUCAUGUCAUCAAUCGUAUCAAGUCAAUAUCACCACAUUAUCUGGCUGAGGAGGAGGAGAAUGCGACCGAGCCACCACAGUCGGUACAAAGAGGCGUCACUGAGCUGGUGGAAGCGGCGUUGUCGUCGAGGAACCUGUGCAUGAUGGAUCCGACAUGGCACCCAUGGUUUUGA